GCAGUCACGAACGCUUUAAAUCGAAAUCCUCAGGGCCCUUCACUUGUCAUCGCUUUGCUCGCGCUCCUUUACUGGGCUCUUGUCAGAAUAAAACAAAUAAUAAAACAUCCCCUGACGUCAUUCGAAGUGAGCAGCUCGUUGCGUGCCGGCGCCUAAACCGUGGCUGCACCCACCUCUUCCGAGACAUCGUGGAAGAGUAGGCCAAUUACCGCGAGCAAAGGGCACCCCCCACCCCGCUCCACCGGUGUCACGAGAGCUAAAUUGCUGGGUUCCUUGUCCUUUAACGUCAACAUUUUACCUCUUGUGCAACAGCGUGCACAAAUUGUGGUCAGCUAUCAGAAGAAUGUGAAGGACGCGACUCUCACCUUUCCGCAUGCCAGUCCGAGAAGUUUGGUAGAGAGCUCGCGGGCCGAAUGUCGGAGGGCGCGUGGCUGGUAUGCGGAUGCGCGUCUCAAACUUUCUGGGGUUCCAUCUGCAAGACGGUGGUGUAUCUGCGCUUGUUAAGCAUUAGUGACGCCUCGUGCAACACUCUGAAGACCGGGUUUAAGCGCUUCAGAAGACCACGCCGAUUGCAGAUCAGUGCAUGGCAGAAACAAACAUGCCAUCGACUCCGGCAGACCACGGUGACGUUUACGAGAAUGUAAAUUGUGUUCGGCAAUUGGCUGCUAAGUACGAAAUACACGAAAUACCUCGUGUCACAGUGGCCAAACCAAAACCAGUGGCCAAACCAAAACCAGUGGCCGUGAGACCAGGCAACAGCGGUAAGCCUGGACCCCCAGUGCUGCCAAAGCCAGUCACGAACAAAGCUAAAGACACCGGUAGCUCAGCAGACACGAAACACAUUUCUGCCAAAUAUUUGGACGAUGGGAGCACCACAAAAACUCCGAAAAAAGCGUUAAUGCCUCCGAUUGCUAACGUCUCCAACAAACAUUCAAAGACGGCCGAGGGAUACGCAAAGAAGGAAACUGAUUGUGUCGAAGGAAAACUGAACUUGCAGUUAUUAAGCCCUUCUUCGUCUACGACAUCCACGUCCGUUUCAAAACAAGGGGACUGUCAGGUGAAGUCUCUCCUGAGCGGUCCCCCAAUCCCAGACGAGGCCCUCAAAGCUGAGCACGAGCAGGGGCAGAAAGGCGAACUGACUGAGAAACCAAAAACACCUUUCAAGCCAAUUCCUUCGCCGAGGAUCGUGCAGACCAAGAAGACUGCCGCUGCUCCUGGAGCUCAGGAACCAACGGCGGGCGUCCACCUGACAUUAACUCGUGCACACGAGCUAAGCGGACAAAAAAUGGCAGAUUUGAAAGCGACAUCCGGACAGGAGAAACCUGAUAAAGACGAUCACGUGGCUCCACCAUUACCAUUGAGAAUGCCGAUCGGCAAGCAGAUGGUUCAUCCCCAUCCGACCCCGACACCGGUACCAACAGACACCCCAUCCGGAGCUCAGGAACCGACGGCAGAUGUCCCCCUGAAAUUGAAUCCGCUUGCGUUAAAAGGACAAAAAACGGCAGACGUUAUACCGACAUCCAGACAGGAAAACCUUGAUCGAGGCAAUGACGUGGCUCCCCCAAUACCAGCGAGAAGGAAGUCGAAUAUGGAGAAGCAGGUGGAUGAUGCCAAUCCGACCAAUGGUGCCCAAACACCGGUGCCAACAGACACCCCAUCCGACGGCGGCGAGGAACCCGGCAAAGAAGUCGAAGAAAUCGCCGAACCCAACGCAAAGCCUCCGGAUCCGAUGAGAGCACUCAAGCCCGGGCAGAGUCCACAAAAGAAAGCCCCUCUUCCGAAACAACCGUCGACCGAAAGGCCUCCGCCUCCACCGCUGCCCCCGCCGAGACGUCUGCAACCGAUAUACGCCAAUAGUGAACCCAUGUACCACGUCUACCAGGAGAUAUCACACAUGCGGGCGCUGAACAGACUUCGGCACGUCAGCGACAGCGGCGAAUCCGCGUUCUCGCCCGACGAUUACGAAAGCUUAUACGGCACAGCAUCCGUGCAGGGGCUGGCGACAGUGAAGCAGAUGGUCUCCCUGUGGAGCCAGCAGUCCAAAGUGAUCGAGAGUGGCCUCAUGAGCUCCCUGACCAAGCGUCAGAUACAGCACCAAGAGGCCAUGUUCGAAAUCGUCACGUCCGAGGCGUCCUACCUCAAAAGUUUGAACGUCUUCAUCAACCACUUCAUGGAUUCGGACUCGCUCAACAGAAUCCUCAGCCCCAGGGACAAGAAUGACCUAUUCUCCAACAUCGUGCAGGUCAAAAACAUCAGCGAAAGUCUGCUGAGCAGGCUGAGGGAGCGAGUGGAGAUGUCUCCGCUCAUCUCCGAGGUGUGCGACAUCCUCUACGAGUACUCUCUGAACCACUUCAAGCCGCUGGUCUCCUACGUCAUCAACAUCCCCUGCCAGAUCACGACCUUCAAGAAGUUUAGCGAGGGUAAGGACAAGGGCUUGUUCUCGAGCAAGAUCAAGCUGCUGGAGGAGGCGCCGGUGUGUGAGAAGCUGCCGUUCCUCUCCUUCCUGAGCGUGCCCUACCAGCGCAUCACCCGCUAUCAGCUGCUCGUCAAGAAUGUCAUUUCGAAGGCAGAAGAAAGCGUAGAAUCAGGAAACGUGGUCGAGUUGGCUCUGUCUAAAUUGGAAGAGCUUGUGCAGCAGAGUGACAAGGGAGUUGGUGAGCGGACGCAAGCUGAGCAAGUCGUGAACAUCGCGAACAACAUUUAUUUUGAAAAGGGCAUGAAGAGCCUGGCCAUCGUAUCGCAGUCGCGCUCGCUGCUGAAGAGUGGAAAGCUGCUUGUCCAGGAAAAGGCCAAGACGAUCAUCCCCAUGGCCGUGGCGAGAUUCACGCAGGGCAAGACCUACGUGAUGCUCCUCCUCUUCAACGACUUCCUCAUCGUCGCCACCAAGCAGAAGGGCGGCCGUCUGCUGGUGCUGGACUACGCGGACCGAGCGUUUGUAAUGGCCGCCGAGGCGGAGGGGAACAGCGACGCCUUCCUGCUCACGCUGAUGGACAAUCACCAGGGCAAGCAGGCCGAGUGGCUGCUUGCCGCCUCGAACACCACGGAAAAGCUGCGCUGGGUGGAGGCCAUUUCUUCCAAUGGAGCAAAUGAAAAUGAAAAAGUAUAUCAGCCCUGGGACUGCCCGGUGGUGCAGUGCGUGCGGGACUACGUGGCCCUCGAGAUGGACGAGCUCAACCUGCGCGAGGAGGACGUCCUCUGCGUCAUUCGCAAGACGCCCGACGGCUGGAUGGAGGGCGAGCGCUUACGGUCCGGCGAUCGUGGCUGGUUCCCGGCGAGCCACGUGGAGGAGAUCGCCAGUCACCACGUCGACGCACGGAACCUCCGCGAGCACAAGCUGUCGCUCAUGAAGUCCAAGAUGCAGGGCUCCACGCCGCAGCCCAACUUGUACUCGUCCAGCUAGCUGGCGCCCGGCCUGGCACCGACCGAGUCACCGAUCAUAGCCACGCCUGGGGGGGGGGGGGGGGAAGGGGGGCGAAUGACUCAACCAAAAACGAGAAAUUGUUGCACAUCUGAAUAAGAGUCGGAAUAAUAAUUUUUAAAAGAAAAAUCGAAACAUGAUAUUGAGGAGUGGUCAAGUCAAUUUAUUUUUCGUUCAACAAUGUAGUUUUUUAAACAAUGUAUUUUUUUAAACAUUUUUUUUUUAAACAAUUUAAAAAUGUUCGUUAAAUACGCGGCACCAUUCUGGCACAAAUCUGCCACCCAAAGCGCCAUCACAUUAAUUAUCGUGAACGUAAACAUUAAUUCUCGUGAACGUAAACAUUAAUACCUGUAAGGGUAAACGUGAAUACCUCCAAACGUAAACAUAGACAAUGCUUGACACGGGUCAAGUGGUUGUGCUGUGAUAUACACUGUAUCUUUCCCUGCCAUGGUGUAUGUGGAAAUUCCAUGUGUGGCCCAGGAGCUGUGUCGGACGGCGAUUAGCACGGACACGGACGAGGAAAUUAUUUUAACUUUUUUGUUUUACAGAACACGAUGCAGGGCCCUCUGAAGAACAGUCUUGCUCUGUGCUAAUGCCGUGGAUGCUAACGCCGACUGUGAGAAGGACCGUACGCGAUGUACGAUAAGGAACUUUCUCCAAUCACUAGUUAGAUUGUAUAAGCUAUAUUCCCAUUUGUGUAUAUGCAACUUUGGAUAAGUGUAGUAAAUCUAGAGAUAGCCGAAACGGUAGAAUAUUAUAUUUAUUCUCUCAGUGGGAAAAUAAAUCGAAGUUUUGACCGACUAAGCAAGACAUUGAUUGUACAAUGGGUAACAUAGUCUUGAUUUUGUUUUGAACAAAAAAUAUUCUAGUGCACAGGCGCCUGGUUUGAAGAAAAUUAGUUUAAAGAAAGUAUGAAAUAUAUAUUGAUGUAACAUUUAAAACAGGGCUGGGUAUUUAGGGGUGCAAAUGGUGUGGCCCAGCGCGAGCGAUCGGCACUUGCUGCAAAGCUUAACGGUUUGAAGGCGGUUGGAAGCCCUGGUUAAUACUGACGGUGUCUUCGCCGUGAAAUAUGCACCGACCUCUCAAUAGUGGACGUUAAAGACAACGGACGGCAUUCGCCUCAAAGAGUGUGCCACUGUCUGCCGGUGUCGUCGUCCAAAUUAUACAAAUUAGAAACAUGACACUGCUCGUUAUUCCAUUGGGAUUACAUAUAGCAGCAGUGCGCCCCCCACCCCCACCCCCAUUGUGGAAUUACCGCACACGAUGUGAACCAUAGCUCCCUCCUGCAUAUCAUCCCUGUGCUGUAAGAAUGGCACAAAUACUGGACAUCUGUGAAAAGGAGCUUCAUAGCUCAUCCGAUUCCUCCAAUCUGAAUAAAGAUUCUGAUUCUGACUCAAUUAUUAGCAUUAUUAAAUGGGGCAUUUGUCCACGACCAAAAUGUUCAGAGGGCCCUAUGGAAUAAAGUACGUUACAUUUUGUAUUAUGAAAAAUAGGACGGAUUAUUCGUGUUAUCGUCUUGGAUUUACUCGCUUUUCGGUUGUUUUAAAUUCACCUUACAGCGUUCCAUUUCUGCAUGCAUUCGUUAAAAGUCGAACUUGGUCUCGUUUUAUAAGUUAUAGUUAUUUUCAUGUGUUCGAUGGAAUAGUAAUUUACGUGGA